AUGGGGUCAUUGACCUGGCACCUGUUGACAAGGCUUGCCGUCCUAGCAGUGCUUGCUCUGAGAUGCACAAGCAGCGCGGAAACAUCGAGGUGUGAGAGCGCUAACCACGUAUGGGGCAUCGACGAUGCCACUGCAUUGGUGCAGAGUGUCAAACCACAGCGCCUAGAGGAGCCGAAGCGCAGCGCCUCGAAGCAACUUGAGCAAGGCAGCUCGAAAAGUCAGUCGUCGAAUAUGACGUUGGACGCAAUGAGCUCCGCGAAUAUGCAUCCGGAUGCCAAGGGCUGGUCCGAAGGAAAGCCUGGCACCGGCUCCGGCGGCACCGGCUCCAGUGGCUCCAAGCUCGUGCAGGUGCUGACAGCGGUGCGCAGCACCGCACAGGAGAUGGUCCGACCUUCCGCGACCUUUCUUUUUGUUGUUCCGUUUCUGAUCAUGACCAUUGUCCUCAUUGCAUGUUUUGCUACACUGUUCAGUUUCAGUACAGAUUGCCGGACGUUUGCGCCCUCAGAGUAUUCCCAGGAUGGGUCAUCAUGGCCCAGGAGCCAGCGGACGGCGUUGACACCCGCUUCGAGACGCGCGCAGGACCCCUAUCUGGCUCUGAGCCAGCAGUCGCUUCCACCUAAGGAUGCUCCACCAGGAGACGCAUCCGGCCGCCCCAGCGUCGGGCCGGGACUGGGGCCGGGCCCUGCGAGUCGGAUGUCCUUAGCCUCUCAGGCGAGCGCCACCUCCAGGCGAGUGCCACCUUUACGCCUUUCUGCCAUCUCUGCAGCCGGGCGACCGACAGGAGACAUGUUCAUGGCAUCUGCGGCGCCUUUGCAACCACUGUUUCCAGCGUUGGUGCUUCCUGCACGGGAAGGUCAGUUAGAGGUCAGCCUGGAUGCCGUGCAGACCGUACAGAAGACUGGUGCCGGACGAUUCUUUGUGAUUGGACCGCUCGGGAACAAGAUCCUUCAUAUCACCUCUUGUGGGAACGCCUUCGAUGUUCACAUGGCUCAGCGAAGCAGCGAAUUGGUGAGCAAGGUGUCUCUAAAGGAGGUGCAGGACUCCAGCAGGAUCGAAAUUUGCAGAGGCGAUGGAACAGUGUACGGCAAGAUUGUUGAACAUGAGCAGCCGCAGAAGAGCCUGGAUGAGGUUUCUUUGUCCGUGAUCGUGACAAGCUCAUCUGGAAAGGCCGAGAGAGCCAUGCUGGUGAUCCAGGGAAAUCCGGAACGAUUCUGCCUCACUGCGAGGGCAGCAGCUGACGGCCAGCCAGCUGCCUCCAUCGAGCUGCAAGCCUACAGCGAAGAGCAUUACCUGGACCUCAGGACGAGUCGCGGUGCAGACACUGCUUUGAUUGUAUCCAGUUUUUUGGGGAUCCUGCUGCUUCGGGAUCGGCCAGAUCGGCCCCGCCAGAGCGAGGUGCCGGCUCCCGCAGACACGCUGACACUCUUCGGUGUGCCGAGCCGAGAUCCAGCUUGUCCUGGUGCCAACCGCUUUCAGGGUGAAGUUCUCGUCGAAUCUCUGCCCACAGGAAGUCAGAUCACCGGCUUGCAGUUCGAGGGGAGCCAGCUGACAGGCAUUUACUUGGAACGGAUUCCCCUGGAUGGAAGUGCCAUGGCCAUUGCCCGCAUCAGUGGGCAUGUAGGCUCUGCUGUGGAUAAGCUGGUGCUGCAGCUCAGGGAUGGUUCCUCUCGGCGUUACGGUUUCGAAGGAGGCGAUCCGGUGGGGCCUUGGACGCUAGAUGCCGAUGAGUAUGUGCUUUUGGUUGAGCAAGAUCGGCGUGAUGCAUAUCUUGGUAAUUCGCUGGCCUUCGUAACUUCCAAAGGCAACAUCAUUGAGUUUCGGGGGCUGCAGGCAUCACGGUCUCGACGAUUUGUCGCGCCUCCUGACAGACAAAUUUGCGGUUUGGGCUUCACAGGUAGCUGCUUGACUGGGGUCACCACCUGCCCACUUGAGGCACAUGAAACAGGAGAACAAAAUCUGCGGGAGCAUUUUCUGCACAUUGACUAG